AAAAAAAAAAAUAGAGGCCGUUUUUAGAGCGUUCGCUGCGUCUUUUUGUGAAUCAGACGCAACUUUCGUGGGCCACACCCCUCUUAUCGAGAUACCCUCAUAGAACGUUUUUCACACGUUCUCGCUUUUUAUCCUCCUUUCUUAUCUUCUAACGAUUCUUCGGAGUCUCUUUCACAACUAAAAAUGCCUGCUGCCGACGCUUCUUCGCUUCCUGCUGCUACCAGCAAGGAGACUGCCCAGUCCGUGGCUGUUCUCGAGGACCUCUUGAAGAACCUCAACCUGUCCACCUCCCAGGAUGAGGUGAACGCUGCCACCGACAACCUGGCUCACCUGUUCAGCGGUCCCAUCCCUGAGCAGGUUCUGCCCCUCAAGGCUGUCGAGGCGUUCAAGAAGCAGCUUUCUAACAAGAAGGAUGCCAACGCCCGUGAGCGCGCCUGCAACGCCAUCCGCGCCAUUGCCUCCCACUCCACUAUCGCUCCUGGUGUCGAGCCCCACCUUGUCGCUCUCCUCGGCGAUGUCCUCGCUGCUGUUGGUGACAAGAUGAUCCCCGUCAAGAACGCCGCCUCCGCUGCCGCCAUCGCCAUCGUCAAGGGCAUCAACGGCAACGCCGUCAAGGCUGUCCUCCCCCCUAUCCUCAACUCCCUCCAGAACGCCCAGAAGUGGCAAGAGAAGGCCACCGCUCUCGAGUGCAUUGAGGCUCUCGUCGAGUCGGCUCCUGCUCAGCUCUCCUUCCGCGUUCCCGACCUCAUCCCCGUUGUCUCCGAGGCCAUGUGGGACACCAAGGCUGAGAUCAAGAAGGCUGCCUACGCCACCAUGGAGAAGGUUUGCGGUCUGAUCGUCAACAAGGAUAUUGAGCGUUUCAUUCCCGAGCUCAUCAAGUGUAUCGCCAAGCCUGAGAACGUCUCCGAGACCGUUCACUUGCUCGGUGCCACCACUUUCGUUUCCGAUGUCACCGGCCCUACUCUCGCGAUCAUGGUUCCCCUUCUUGACCGUGGUCUUGUUGAGCGUGAGACCGCCAUCAAGCGUAAGUCCGCUGUCAUCGUCGACAACAUGUGUAAGCUCGUGGAGGACCCCCAGAUCGUCGCUCCUUUCUUGCCCAAGUUGAUGCCCCGUCUCGAGAAGAACUUCGAUACCCUGGCCGAUCCCGAGGCCCGUGGAAAGACCAAGCAGGCCUUGGAGACUCUUACCCGUGUCGGUGAUGUCAAGGACGGCAAGAUCCCCGAGAUCUCCACCGCUGGUGACAUCUCCACCGUUUCUGCUAUCCUCAAGGACAUCCUCAAGGAGAAGCACAGCACUCAGGCCGAGGGUGCUGAGGACGUCAUCAACUACGUUGGUGCCGUUGCUGGUCAGCUCGUUGACGAGAAGGACGCUGAGGUCACCAGCUGGACUCAGAACGCUCAGCCUUACAUUGCCGCCAUCGUCGGUGAGGAGGAUGCCAAGAGCGUCGUGGAGACUCUCCGCAAGAAGGCCUCUCCCCUCGCUGCUGAGGCCGAUGCCGUCCUCUCCGAUGAGGAGGAGGGUGAGGAUCUGUGUAACUGCACUUUCUCCCUGGCCUAUGGUGCCAAGAUCCUGCUGAACCAGACCAACCUCCGCCUCAAGCGCGGUCAGCGUUACGGUCUCCUCGGUCCCAACGGUACCGGUAAGACCACUCUCAUGCGUGCCAUCAACAACGAGCAACUUGAGGGCUUCCCCAAGAAGAGCGAGGUCAAGACCGUCUACGUCGAGCACGACUUGGACGCUGCCGAUACUGAGCAGACUGUCAUUGGCUGGACCAUGAAGAAGCUUCGUGAGGUCGGUCUCGACAUUUCUCAGUCCGAUGUCGAGGAUAAGCUCCAGGAGUUCGGUUUCCUCAAGGAGCAGCUCGAGGGCCCCAUCACCUCCCUGUCUGGUGGUUGGAAGAUGAAGCUGGCUCUUGCCCGUGCCGUCUUUGAGGACCCCGAUAUCCUUCUGCUCGACGAGCCUACCAACCACUUGGACGUCAAGAACGUCGCCUGGUUGGAGAACUACCUCUGCACCUCCCCCUGCACGUCCAUCAUCGUCUCCCACGACAGCAAGUUCUUGGACAAUGUCAUCCAGCACGUCGUUCACUAUGAGCGCUUCAAGCUCAAGCGUUACCGUGGUAACCUGAGCGAGUUCGUCAAGCGUGUCCCUGCUGCUCGCUCCUACUACGAGCUGGGCGCCUCCGAGCUCGAGUUCAAGUUCCCCGAGCCCGGUUUCCUCGAGGGUGUCAAGACCAAGGCCAAGGCCAUCAUCCGUGUCAACAACAUGUCCUUCCAGUACCCCAACACCCCCCGUCCUCAGAUCACCGACAUCAGCUUCCAGGUCUCCCUGGGUUCCCGUAUCGCUGUCAUUGGUCCCAACGGUGCCGGUAAAUCUACUCUGGUCAACGUCCUGACCGGUGAGUUGAUCCCCACCGUUGGUGACGUCUACCAGCACGAGAACAUCCGUAUCGCCUACAUCAAGCAGCACGCUUUCGCUCACAUCGAUAACCACCUCGACAAGACUCCCUCCGAAUACAUCCAGUGGCGUUUCCAGACCGGUGAGGACCGUGAGACCAUGGACCGUGCCAACAAGAUCGUGACCGAGGAGGACGAGAAGGCCAUGGACAAGAUCUACAAGAUCGAGGGUACCUUCCGUCGUGUCAUUGGUAUCCACGCCCGUAGAAAGUUCAAGAACAGCUACGAGUACGAGUGUUCGUUCGCCCUGGGUGACAACAUCGGCAUGAAGUCCGAGCGCUGGACCCCCAUGAUGAGCACCGACAACGCCUGGAUUCCCCGUAACGAGAUCAUGCAGUCCCACGCCAAGAUGGUUGCUGAGGUCGAUCAGAAGGAGGCUCUUGCCAGCGGUCAGUUCCGUCCUCUGGUCCGCAAGGAGAUCGAGCAGCACUGCGAGAACUUCGGUCUCGACGCCGAGUUGGUCUCUCACUCCCGCAUGCGCGGUCUGUCCGGUGGUCAGCGUGUCAAGGUCGUCCUCGCCGCCUGCUCGUGGCAGCGUCCCCACGUCAUCGUCCUUGACGAGCCUACCAACUACUUGGACCGUGACUCCCUUGGUGCCCUCUCCAAGGCCAUCAAGACCUUUGAGGGUGGUGUUAUCAUCAUUACUCACUCCCGUGAGUUCACUGAGAACCUUACCGAGGAAGUCUGGGCCGUCGUUGACGGUAAGAUGACUCCCUCCGGUCACAACUGGGUUCAGGGUCAGGGUUCCGGUCCCCGUCUGGAGGACAAGAACGCCGGUGACACUGAGGUCGUUGAUGCCAUGGGUAACAAGACCGUCAUCGAGAAGAAGAAGAAGCUCACUUCUAGCGAGCUUAGAAAGAAGAGGAAGGAGCGCAUGGCUAGGAAGAAGAGAGGUGAGGAGGUUUCUGACGAUGAGGACUUCUAAAUGUGAUAUGGAAGUUGUGGAGGAGGUCAAAAAUCGGGUCGGUUGGUGUUUAGCCGACGUUUCCUUAUUUUUACAAUAGAUUUAUUGCUUGACGAAUGCAAAAUGGCUUUAAUGAUUCAGCACAAUGAUAUCAUGG